AUCGUUAGUGUUCAAUCAGCUGUGAGACCAAACAAAACGUCAAAAACGUUUUUUGUUGAUUUGUAUAUAAUUUCGGGUGUUAUUUAUUAUUUUUCAUUGACGGUGGUUAAUUUAAACAACACAGCAAAAUGUCGUAUAUGUUAACGCAUCUUCACAAUGGCUGGCAGGUGGAUCAGGCUAUUUUGUCAGAAGAGGAUCGAGUAGUCGUAAUUCGCUUCGGUCACGAUUGGGACCCAAUGUGCAUGAAAAUGGACGAAGUACUUUACAAUAUUGCCGAGAAGGUGCAAAAUUUCGCCGUCACGUAUCUAGUCGACAUAACGGAAGUACCGGAUUUCAAUAAAAUGUACGAAUUGUACGAUCCCUGUACAGUGAUGUUUUUCUUUCGCAACAAACACAUUAUGAUUGAUCUUGGCACAGGUAAUAAUAAUAAAAUCAAUUGGGUACUCGAGGAUAAACAGGAAAUGAUCGAUAUUAUGGAGACAGUUUAUCGUGGUGCAAGGAAAGGUCGUGGUUUAGUUGUUUCACCAAAAGAUUAUUCUACAAAAUAUCGAUAUUAAUUUAUUUUUCUCUUUGUUUUAAUUACAUUAAUAAUUAAUUUCAUAUUAAAAAUAUUUUUGUUUUAAUAAAGAAAAUAAUUAAUAAUUA